UAAUAUUUAAUCCUCUCUCUCUCUCUCUCUCUCUCUGCAGGCCUCAGAUCUCCAUGGCGUUGAGGAUCAACUCCUCUGAUGGUUUGGUGCUGUACGCAGCUGGUGGGCAGCGCAGUGUGGCUGUGAUGUCACUCAGCGUGUCAGACGGCCACCUGUUGCUUUUGUUGGAUGGCGGAAAGAGGAAGGUCAGCAUGCGGAGCUGCAAGAAGUACAACGACAACCAGUGGCACACGGUGUUUAUAAAACGCGAAGGCGAGAAGAUCAGCCUUAUAGUGGACGGUAUCAGUGCUCAGUCUAAGAGAAUCCCUGGAGGAGACCGGACUCGUCUUGCUGGGCCUUUAUAUGUUGGAGGAGUUCCGGCCUCACUGGCGGCUCCAGGCUCUGGUGGCUUCGUCGGUUGUGUCAGGGACCUGACGCUAAACGAAGCCCUUGCAAAAAGUCCCGCUCAUAGUCAGGGGACGGUGCCCUGCUUCCAGAGUCCUCUCCAGCCCGGAGCGUAUUUCUCUGGCCAGGGAGGACACAUGGCAAUAGAUGAGUCCUUGGUUCUAGGUCGGGAUCUGGAAAUCCAGUUGGAGUUUCGGCUCGUCUUGGACUCUGGGCUGCUGUUGCAUGCUGGGACGUCACCUGACCAACGCCUGAGUUUGGUUCUCAGACAGGGACAGGUGACUGUUUCAUUAAACAGCGGCAAAGGUGAAUUCUCUACCUCCUUUACUCCUGAGGAACCUCUAUGUAAUGGACGCUGGCACACAAUCACAAUGGUGAAGAAGAACAAUGUCCUGCAGCUGCAUGUUGAUGCAGCCAGUGAGCACAGCGUCGGCCCCAAACAGAGCCGCUCUGCAGGGUCCAAAGAGACCGUUUACCUUGGAGGGGUACCUGAUGGCGUCACAGUUCAUGGUCUGCCUGCAGGCCUGCCAGACUUCCACGGCUGCAUCCGCCAAGCGACGAUCAACCGCAGACCUGCCAUGCUGUCCAAACCCCUCGCUGUGUAUGGAGCCGUGGGGACGCAGGGCUGCCCACACAUGUAAACCCAAUACAGUCUUAUCUUCACAUUCCCCAACUGCAAAUUACUGGUGAUGGGUGUCAUGUUACUGUAGCUAAUUUAAAAUAUAUAUUAAUAUUUAUUUUCUAUUUUCAGAAAAAAAUAUAUUUUAUAUUUUACAGUUUGUUGUUGCAAUAUUACUGGUUUGUUAUUGUACUACAGGGUGCUAUAACAACUCCAUAUAGAUGCACUGAUACAAGUGACUGCUACAAGAUAUCAAAUAUCAACUCUAAAAUCUAAAGAUAAUUCUGAAAUGUGAAGUUUAUUGUCAAUGAAGGCAACACUGCUUGAAUUUUCUUGCUUUUGAAAGCAAAUGGUGAAAAGUAAAUGUCAAUCGUCCAAACACAUUUUCUGGAUCUGCAUUAUAUAUUAAAGUAAAUGAUGUAUACAGUUGUGUAUCGUGUAUCUCUAGCAGAGAAUGUUAAGAAUACCUACUGAGUCGGUACACUGUGAAAACUGAUGUAUGAGCAACGUCCUCAAGCAGUGCAGAUGGGCAAUGUCACCUGGGACUGGACAUUUGGGAAUAUCAGACUCUCAGUGAUGCAAAGAUGAAUACAUUUACCAUAUGACACCAAAAAGGUUAAAAAUAAUAUAACAUUAGGGUUGCGUUGCACCAACAAGGAUUAAUGAAUCUACAAUUAGUAUUAAUCAGAGUUUAACCAAACUAGAUAUUAGGAAAUACAUACAUUACAUUACUCAUGAUGGCUCUGCAGAGGUCUAAUUUCUCCUCCGAGAAAAACUUAGACUGCCUGUUGGCCCAAUAUUCCUGUUCAGCUCCACAACAGUUUCCUUGAUGAACCAAUAAUAUCUUGAAAGAAAAUCAGCAGCAGCAUUAUAAAAUCUGUCUCUUAACUUUCUUCGAGGAACUUGAUUAUUUUUGCUCAAUCCCUCUCAAAGGUUUUGGUGCAACGGAAUUGAAUAUUAUCAAGGUUUAGAUUAAAAACUAAACUGAUGUUAAACGAGAGGUUUGAAUAUAGAUCUUUAAGCUGGUCUACAUGAUUGUUACAUGAUUUUGAAGGUACAUUUACCAUGCCUAGUUAAUACAUCAGUUAUCAAAGGAUGAUCACAUAGCCUAAAUGUGAUUUACAGAUAGUUCAAAC